AUGCCAUCUGUACAGCAGAGCUCAACAAAGCAGCUCGCUUUUGCGGCGGAAGACAUCCCCAAAGAGUGCCUCGAAACCGUCAGCGAUGACUACGAGAUGCGUCCACUGGCGGCUUGCGACUACAACCGCGGCUUCAACGAGGUCCUCGCGUGCCUGGUCGAGACGCCAGAUCUGGGCGAGGCAGCAUGGAAGGAGCGCUUCGAUGCGAUGGUAGCAGCCAAGGGCACAUACUUCCCGAUUGUGAUCGUAUCAAAAGAUACGGACAAGAUCGUGGCCAUGGGGACGAUCGUCGUGGAGCUCAAAUUCUUCCGUGGCCUGACACGGAUAGGUCACGUCGAAGACAUUGUUGUCAACACCCGAUUGCACAGCAAAGGACUCGGCAAGAUCAUUGUCGAGACCGUCAAGGCGCUGGCGGUGUCCAAGGGAUGCAGCAACAUCAUCCUCAACUGCAGCGAUGAGAAGAAACCCUUUUACGAGAAGUGCGGCUUCUCGUACAGCGGUCUGCAGAUGGCCAAGAGGAUCUCUUGA